UACAGCGAAUAGGCUCAGUUAUCCGGCGUUUAUCCGUGCAAAGUAGAACGGCCGCGGCGCGUGGUGGUGAUUUCCGAACUACCCGGUAGACAGGAGCCGUCUCGGCGACUCGAGGAUCGCGAUCCAGUGGAAAUCGCGGCCCGGAAGUCCCUCCUGUGUCCACGAGUCCAAGGUCAAGAACUCCGUUGUCGAAGCUGCUGUUGAUUCACACGAUAUAUUGGCUAAUAUGGGAAGAAUCGAUUGAAAAUAAAUAUUGCUAUCGGAGGUAUGAGUAAAGACUGCGGAAUAUGCGGGAUUUAUCCCAAAUGGCUGCGAAAUCGGGCGACCCCAAGAAACUUCAUCGCGGUCUACGGUUUGCUAGGCACCGUCCAGGCGAUGGCCUUCAUUUACAUCGUCGUCACCUUGACGACUCUGGAAAAGAGAUUCAAGAUACCUAGCCGUACGACUGGGCUAAUUCUUUCGGGUAACGAGAUCUCGCAGAUCUUGUCUCUGAUCUUGACCUACUACGGAGGAUCUAGUCAUCGGCCGAGAUGGAUCGCGGUUGGAGUCGGCUUGAGUGCAUUGUCCUGCCUCGUGUUGGCCCUACCGCACUUCAUAUACGGUCCCGGGAAGGACGCCUUAGCGUUGACGAAGGAGUAUCUGGAUCAGACUCUGUUGAAUUCGACUGUGCCGAAAGAUCUCACGAUUUGCUCAAACACGGAUCAACCGGAACAAUGCGACGCCGAAACUAUGUUAAGCGUUAGUCUUCUUCCGCGACUGCUGGUUUUUUUCUCCCAAUUUAUUCUCGGUAUUGGAACUACUCUUUAUUACGGUCUAGGACAGACGUAUCUGGACGACAACACGAAGAAGAAAAAUACGCCUAUGCUCUUAGGCUUUACUUUUGCUUUACGUACGGUGGGUCCGGCGAUCGGAUUUUUGUUGGGCUAUGGUUGCUUGAGUUUAUACAUAGAUCCAAAGCUCCAUCCCGUUAUUACAAAAAAAGAUCCGCGAUGGUUAGGCGCAUGGUGGCUCGGAUGGAUCAUUCUCGGUGUUACGAUGGGUAUGUUCGCCAUUUUGAUCGCUAUGUUUCCACGUGAUCUUCCCCCAUCGGAGAAUAAAACCCCCAAACAGGAUGGCGAAAUACCUUUGAAGCUCGAUUUAAUGCUGCAACAGAAACCACCGAUACAGAUGGAACCUACGAAGCCGAUUCCUCUGGAGACUGAGUACAUACCGACCAUCCGUGAAUUUCCAACGGCCAUGAAACGAAUAUUAACUAACUGGCUAAUAACUUGCAAUAAUAUAAGCGCCGUAUUUUACAUACUUGGCGCUUCGGCCUACAUCACGUUUUUGGCGAAGUAUCUUGAAGUUCAAUACGGUACGUCCGCGGCUGGCGGUACUGUGAUAGCAGGUCCCAUAUCACUAGUAGGUAUGGUAUUAGGAUUCUUGUUGUCGGGAUUACUAAUUAGCAAAUUUAAACCCGGUCCCAGACCGCUCCUCGCGUGGAACGUAUUCGUCGGCAUCUGCUUCGUCGCGGGACAAGUGUCCUUUAUGUUUUUCGGAUGCACGGACGCCGGAAUUCGCGGCGUAGAUUUCGAAACCAUGCAAAUGAAUUUGACCGCUAGCUGCAACGUCGAUUGCAACUGCGCGAGUGUGAAAUAUUCACCGGUUUGUCACGAACCGUCGAAGACGACUUUCUUCUCCGCUUGCCACGCGGGCUGCCGAACGAUCCUGGACGACAAGCAGUUUGGGAAUUGCAGUUGCCUGCCGUUAGGCGAACCGGAGAAAGUCGAAGGCCACUUCAAGUACCUCAGCUCCAGCGGAGUCUUCAUUCCGGAGCAGCAGAUGCAUCUGCUUGAUUCGCAGGCGUUUCCCACGAUUUUCGACAAGGUCAAAGCCGGACCAUGCAUCAGCGAGUGCCACGGGCCGUAUCUGCUCUUCAUGGUGCUCACCUGCGUGAUCCAAACGCUUGCCUGCUCCGGCAAGAUCGGCAAUGUCCUGGUGAACUAUAGAGGCGUUGAAAAGAAGGACAAGAGUUUCGCUCAGGGCGUCACAAUAAUGAUCGUUUCGUUGUUCGCUCUGAUUCCGGGACCGAUUAUUUACGGAGUCAUCAUCGAUUCGACUUGUCUAAUAUGGGAGGAAACCUGCGGAACCAGGGGAAACUGUUGGUUCCAUCACCGGGAGAAUUUUAGAUACUUGGUGAACAUCUCGUCGGCCGGAUUUUCCAUGGUAGGAGUAUUGUUUGAUGGUGCAGUUUGUUAUCUCGGCAAGGAUUUGGAUCUAUACGGCGCCGCGGAAAAUGACAAGAGACGCGAAUUUGUGAAGGAAGACGUUGCGACUGAUUGUGCUGAUAAGAAAAAAGAAGCUAAUGGAAAUGUGAACCAGAGGAUAGAGAAUAGUCAUUUAUAAUGUUUGCUGCGGUUAAGCUGGAUUUUGUGGAUUUUUCUAUAGGUACCUGAAAUAUACAUAUUUCCGGGUUUUGCGAUUCCGACUGACAGUGAACAUUCCGACGAUUUGUAGAUAAAACAAUGAUUCCAUGAUUAGAUGGCGGCAACUAAUCGUGUAAAUAAUAUAGUGUAAAUGACAUAGUGCAUCUUGAUUGUUACAUUUUCAAGAUUCUAGAAGAUGUCACAGUUGUUGCAACUCUAUUGUUGAAACUUUAUUCUAAAAUGUUUAUUCUUACUUCUUUGUAAAUAAACUAUCAAUAUUUUUACUAA